AUGAGAGUGUUAAAUUUUCUACUAGUUGCACUUACUUCACUAGUGGCUAUCUCAAUGGCAGCCAAGAGUGUCGAUCCAAAGAUCACUCAUAAAGUAUUCUUCGAUAUUAAACAUGCUGACAAGCACGUUGGGCGUAUUGUGAUGGGUUUGUACGGUGAUGACGUCCCAAAGACUGCCAAGAACUUCUUCCAAUUAGCUAUCUCCAAGGAUCCAUCCUUCGGUUACAUUGACUCAAUCUUCCACCGUGUUAUCGAUGAUUUCAUGAUCCAAGGUGGUGAUUUCGAAACCGGCAGAGGUGUUGGAGGAAAAUCGAUCUACGGCAAGAAAUUCAAAGACGAAAAUUUCAAGAUCAAACACACAGCCCCUGGUAAAUUAUCCAUGGCCAAUGCAGGUCCAGACACUAACGGUUCCCAAUUCUUCAUCACCACAAUCAAAACUCCAUGGUUAGAUGACCAUCACGUCGUCUUCGGCGAAGUCAUCGAAGGAAUGGACAUCGUCGACUACAUCCAGAAAGUCAAGAAGGAUGCCAGCGAUAGGCCAGUCCAAGACGUCAAGAUCGCCGCAUGUGGAGAGUACACCAGCUAA